AUGUCCGACGUACCAAGAACCCAAAAGGCUGCCGUUUAUGAUGCCCACAAAGGCCCAGUGGAAGUUCGCGAGAUCCCCGUUCCAGAGAUUGGUCCCGAAAAUGUUUUGGUCAAAAUCUUGUACUCCGGUAAGUUUAAUAUUGCAAAUUUGGUAUUAAAAGAUAGCCUAAAGAAUUGGCUUUAAAAUACGGUAUAUUAUGUUAUAUUCUGUUAGCGAAAACAUCGUUUUAGUUGGACCACCUCCAAUUUUUUCUUACUUUUUUGGAAAUCUAAAGUAAUAUUGCAGGUGUAUGCCGAACUGAUGUCCAUGCUUGGGACGGUGACUUUCCAGUGCCAAUCAAGAACCCACCAAUCGUUGGAGGACAUGAAGGAGCUGGUGUUGUCGUCAAGGUUGGCGCAAAUGUGACCAACUUCAAGGUCGGGGAUCGGGCUGGAGUUAAGGUGAGUUUUGGGGCUUCAGAAGGAGGCACGGUGGGUAAAUAGAUUUUAAAUUGGGUGUAGAAUAUACAUAAAAGUCUUCUGGUUAGUAUUUCAUAUGAAAAAGAUGUUAUUUUUGGCGGGAACUUAUAGUUUUAGAGCAAAAUAUUACUUUAGAUCAUUAAAAAUUUUAAAAACAUCAAAAAAAUGCCAUUUUAAAUUAAACUUUUGUUAAUUUUAGUGGAUGAACUCCUCCUGCCUAUCCUGCGAGUACUGUAAACGUGGCUACGAGACUAACUGUCCUAACCUAGUCCUAUCCGGGUACCAUCGUGACGGUUCUUUCCAACAAUACGCAACGUGCAAGGCUUCAGAAGCCGCUCCAAUUCCAGCUGAAGCUGAUAUGAAGACGGUAGCUCCGGUGAUGUGUGCUGGUCUUACUGUAUACAAAGCCUUGAAGGAGGCUGAUGUGAAGCCGGGACAGAUCGUGGCCAUUAAUGGAGCUGGGGGUGGCUUGGGUUCAAUGGCUAUUCAGUAUGCUCGGGCUAUGGGUAUGAGAGUAUUGGCUAUUACCAGGAAGGAGAAGGAACAACAUUGCAGAGAUUUAGGUAGGUUGGGGUAGGGGAGAGUGUAUUGGAUGGCUUUGGGUGGGGUUUGGGAAUGUUAAUGUAGGGUAGGGGAUAGUAGAGUACGGUGGAGUAAAGUACAAUAGGGUAGGACAUGGUAGAGUAGGGUAAGGUAGACUAAAAUAAGGUGGAGUACGGUCGGUUACAGUAAAACAAAGCAAUAUAAAAACCAUUUCCAGGAGCCGAAUGGUUCGUCGAUGCCUACGGAAAAGCCGACGUUGCCUCGGAAGUGCAACGUCUGACCAACGGUGGCCCUCACGGUGUUCUCAACCUGGCUACAACCCCAUCAGCGGCCGAAACCGCAAUCGACUACGUCCGUACUCGUGGUACUGUAGUCCUGGUAGCCCUGCCAAAAGAUGCCACCGUAACCGUCAAGGUAUUUUGGGCGAUUCUACGUUCGAUUACGGUGAAAGGAUCACACGUUGGUACGAGGCAAGAUAUGGACGAAGCUUUGGACUUCUUCGCCAGAGGCUUGAUCAAGAUUCCGGUUGAAAUGCAACCUUUGAAGAACAUCAGUGACGUGUUCAAGAGGCUGUUGAAGAAUGAGGUCAAUGGAAGAAUCGUCUUGGACAUGUGGAAUUAA